UGCUUUGAAACUGCCUGCUACAUCCAAAUUUCGUUGUUCUUGAAAGAAGUUGUCGUUCUUCAAAGCCCAGAAAAAAAAAAAUGUCGUGGCAAACUUACGUGGAUGAUCAUUUGAUGUGUGACAUUGAAGGCACAGGCCAUCACCUCACUGCUGCUGCCAUUCUCGGCCACGACGGCGCCGUUUGGGCCCAGAGCUCCAACUUCCCUCAGAUUAAGCCUGAUGAGAUCAAGGGUAUCAUGACUGAUUUCGAUGAGCCAGGACAUCUUGCCCCUACAGGUUUACACCUCGGAGGAACGAAAUACAUGGUCAUCCAAGGCGAGCCUGGUGCUGUUAUUCGUGGAAAGAAGGGGCCAGGAGGUGUUACUAUCAAGAAAACUGGCCAAGCUCUAGUCUUUGGGAUCUAUGAGGAGCCGGUGACCCCUGGACAAUGCAACCUGGUUGUUGAGAGGCUGGGAGAUUAUCUCACUGAGCAGGGCCUGUAGGCUGGCUCAUUCUGGAUGAUUCUUGCCUCUUCUGCUUCUCUAAGAUCGAGUCGUCAUUUGAAACAUAAACAUUGCGUGGAGUUUGCGCAGACAAUAACCAUGCGAGAGGGCAUCUAA